AUAGAAAUUGGGCUAAGCAUAUAAUUUAUUUAAAUUCAUUUCGUUCAUCUGUAAAGAAUUUUACAGCACAUGUUUGCCAAGGUAUAGAAGAGACUACGGAUUUAGGACCUUGGGGACGCCAGAUGUUUCCGCGCAGCGGCGGCGCACUGGGGCCGCGCUCAUAGAAGAGGUGCCCUUGUACUCGUGCGUUUUGACGCACCACUGACUGCAGACAUGGGAGCCGCACAAACACGCAACGAGCACAGUUACAAUGACCUCGCCAACAAAACGGGAUUUUCAUUGGAACAAAUCAACAUUCUUCACAAGAGAUUUAAAAAGCUGAGCGGAGAGUCAGAAACUAUCAGCAGGGAAAACUUGAACAGCAUACCCGCCCUCGCUGACAAUCCAAUCAAAAAACAAAUCAUAGAAGCCUUCUUUGAUAAAAGGAACCAGCACAAUGGCCAGGUGGGGACCUAUCAGGAGAUUGGCUUUGAGGAGUUCUUGAUGGUCAUGUCUCACUUCCGACCCCCAACACUGAAGACUUCUGAAGACGAGAGGAAGGCCAUGAGAAAAGAGAAGCUUCGCUUCCUUUUCAACAUGCACGACACUGACAGCGAUGGCAAGAUCACACUGACAGAGUACAGAAAAGUCGUGGAGGAGCUCUUGUCAAGAAGUGGUGCCAUUGGCCUGGAGGCUGCCAAGGCCAUUGCAGACGCUGCCAUGUUGGAGGUGGCUAGUACAAGUAUGCCUGACAUGCCUGCUGACUACUUUUAUGAAGGAAUUACAUUUGAACAUUUUGAACAGAUAUUAAAUGGUCUGGAAAUGGAGUCGAGAAUGCACAUUCGCUUUUUGGAUGUAGACACUGUUACGAUGCGUUGUGAUAGUAAAUGAGCGAGAAAGUUGUAGGUUACUGGAACCGUCCAUGAACCUGUGGGCUAGUUUUGAGAUAAAGCUGAUGAAAGGAUCCAUGGACAAUUUUAAUAGUGAUGUCUUAUUUGAAUUUAAAUGUGCUGGAUUUCUAAUUUAAAGAGAUUAGAAACAAUAUAGUUUAAUGUCUCAUUACUGUCUCAAAUGUAUGACUUAACCUCUCAUUUAAUGUAUUUUGCUUUAAGAGUUUUGUUAAGAGUGUGUGAACUUUUGAACGCUUGUGAUUUUAAGUGGUUACUGUCUGGGUUGAACAUGCUCACUUCUGCUUUGUUGUGGCUUCCCUCUUUGAGCUGUCGUCUCCACUCAACGUUACGAACAUGUCCUUUCCCAUAUCUCUGCAGUCAGUUGUGCCAAAGGGCGGCUCUGGCAUUCUCAGGGCACUGUGGCACAGAUCCAAAGGAGAAACAUACCAUUCCCCAUUAUAUUUAUCUCACAUUCUAUCUACAACCAUCCCUUUGAGACUCAGGACAAGCAGUGUUGUUAUUCUAGGGACAUUUUUCAGUAACCACAGUUUUUAAAGGUGCAUUAUGUAACUUUUCUGGUUUGUCCCCAUCUUAUUGCCUUACCGCAAAUGAUCUGCAUUAUGACAUUAUAGCUUUAUGGAACAAGUAGGUGACACAGACAUGCCAAGUUACAGGUUAAGAUCUGUGGAGAGGUAACCCCGCCCACAGUUAGAAUGCAUGAUUUCAA